AUGGAUAUGCCAUUUGAUAAGAUGUUCUAGGGUAAAAACCAUAGCAGAAAGCUUACAAUUGAUUUAAAAAGUAAUAGAACGACAACUGCUGCUUCAGCAACAAGGACUAACGAGAAAUUCAACUCGAGUCUUCAAUCUAAGUUAAACUAGGACUUUAAUCAAACAAAUACAACUCAUAGAACUAUAGAUUAGAAAUAGUAUUAGAACUAAACGAAUGAAAAGUAAAAUUAGUAGAGUGAUAAGAAGCCAUAAAAUUAAAAUGCCUAGAAAACAUAAUCAAACUAAGUAAUUAUGAAUGGAUUUUUAGUGACUUUCGAUGAAAAAACUGGGCAGUAUCAGAUGAAAAAACUUGAAGAUAAAAAUCAAAAAAAGGAACUAAGAGAUCGGUACUUCUUUCACUACUAAAACUGGAACACUAAGAAGAAAUAGUAACUUAGCUUAUCUAUGAGAGCAGGCCACAAACCAGGUAAAAUGUCCUAUGGUUCAUUAAACUGGAUGGCUGACAAUUAGUAAUUUCCUGAGUAUAAUGAGAUUGAAGUCCAAAAUAAGGUUCUUAAGAAGCAUGUUGACGGAGAAAUCUUUAUUCCAAGGACUCUUAUUGAUCCAGGAAUUUUAUAAGCGCAAUCUAAAUUAAAGUAAGAAUAGCUCUUUCAACAGUAAUUAAAGAGCAAAAAACAUACUAAUGAAGAAGUUUAUUUACCUUUACCAAAUGAGAGUUAGGAAAGCAAAAUUAAUAAAAAUUUGUUUCAGAUUGAAAAGAGACUUGGUCUAUCUAAGCCUAAUAAAUUAAGUAUUCUUUAGCAGAUGAUCAAUAGAAACUAGACUAACAACAAUAUUUAGCUCCUUGAAAGCGAGAUACUCAAAAAGAAGAGUGAAAAAUAAGCUUCGGAUGAUUCAAUUCAAUAGAACAAAGACAUAAUGUAUGGGAGCUUCUCAGGCUAAAAUUCACAAUACAUAAAAAUCAAGGAUUUUCAAGACAACAGUCAAAUAGUUUCAACUGAAAGGAAAAAAUAAGCUUAAACAUCUUAUUUGAGUAAAAGAGUUAUGUCCUAAGAUAGAGAAAAAACGUAAGGCCACUUAGCUUAGAGCUCAAUAGCCAAUGAUAAAAAUAACCUAAAUUACCUCUCUAAUUCCUCAAUUAAUCACGAGAACAGCUAAUAAGGAUUAGAAUAAAAUUCUAAAAAUUAAAAUUCGUUGAUAAUCUCACUGAAUGAAACACCAAUUCAGCACUAUCAAAAUGCUGAAAUUGAAGCGAAUUAAGUUUCUCUUAAGAUUCCAAGAAAUGUAUUCUCUCACUAGUCCUACAGAACUGGUAGAAACCUCUUUUCUGAUAAGCAUGCAGACUCCAGCACAACUCAAUCCAAAUGUCACGGUAUUAGAAAAUCUUAGUUCUUUAGUCCAAAGCAGAAAUUAAUUGAGAAAAUGUUUGAGAAUUAAAAGGACGAUUAUUCACAAAAGGAAAGUAUCUCUCAGAAUAUAAGAAUUCUGGAUUAAGAAAGCGAGAAUUACAAUUCCUAGAGGAAUACACUUUAUGGUGAACUUAAUUUAUCAUCUCCUAAUUCAGAAUACUUGCCAAAGAGCGAUUACAGAUACCUUUCUCCAGUUUAAAUGCAACAAGAAUUUUCAUUCGAUAGGCAAAGAGAAGAAACAAUCGUGGAUUAAGUUCUAUAGGAGAUUAAUCAAACUUUGAAGGAAAAAGAACUCAAGAAGAAAAGACAAGAGAGAAAGAAGAAUAAAGUAAGGAGAAGUCAAAAAAUCUCCUAAGAUGAUCUGCUUGGAAAUUCAAUCCUUAACUCUGAUGCUUCAGAAUCAAUGGAUGAUGAAAAACUACUUAAAGCCGGAAAAAAAGGCUUUACUGGGGGUAAAUUUGACCUAUACAAUAAGUAUUUGAAUAUCUUGCUUUUGAGAAGUGGAGAUCCUUAUGUAUCCCAAAUGUUUUCUAAGUAUCUAUAAUUCAAAAGAAAGGGAAAAAGAGAUUAAAAAUAAAAGAACUUUUAUGAAAGAAUGCAGAAUGAUAUCAUUAAACGUAAAGUUGAAGAGUUUCAGAAAUUUAAUGAGCCAAAAAAGUUUCUUAAUCAACCUAGCAAUUUGUAAAGUCUUGAUAUUUCGAGAGACAGUACUGCAGCUAGAUUUUAGAAGAAACCUACUCUAAAAUUUAAAAGGAGAAAAUCAAUGACUGAGGAAAACGUAAAAAUGAUGGAUAAUUAAGUAGUUAAUGAAGAUGAACUUAACUUGUAGCAAAUAAAAAUUGAUGAUUAGUUCAAAUUUUAGAAAAGAAAAACAAUUAACUUUUCUAAUAAAGGGUUUUUCAAAGGAAUUACUAUGAGAUUUGAUGCCUAACCCAAGAAAAAGGGAAUUGAUGAUCUCUUACAAACUAAGUUCGAUGAAAUGAUAAUAGAAGAAGAUCUUGAUUCUAAUUGA